AAGUGUUUCUACUGAUUGAAAAUUUUUUAAGACGUCAGAAAAAUUGUCCAAAAUUCAAAGUAAAAAUGAAGAGUGUGUUUUUGUUGAUUCUCUGCACCGUGGGAGCUUUUGGUUUAUCGAUAAACUUCGACUCAAAUGUAAAAGGACUCGAAGUCAAAGUCAACUCGCCGAAUAAUGGAACUUUGUCCGAAACCAAAAAUGAAGACAACGAAGUCGAUGGUAAAGAAUCUGGCGGACCAACUCUACAAAAAUUCUUCGAAUAUUUGGGUCCAGUGAAAACGAUUCCAGAAAUAGUGGACGAAACGGUGAACCGAUUCCAAACGAUAUACCGAUCGCCAAAAGAUCAACUGAAAACGUUAGAAGAAGUGGCGAAUCCUAGCGAAUCAAACGUUCUUGCGUCAGAGAACGAAAUUCAACGUCGUAAGAGGUCUGCAGAUGCAAUCUUUGGAAAACCAUUAACUCCAUACAGGAAAAUAACGAAAAGAGACGACGCCCCUUGUGUAUCAAACUUCGAUUUACAACAGCACAAACUAAGCGAGAACGAGGAAAUAAACGCAAUCAAAGAGGAAAUGCAAAAGUUAAAAGACCUUAUUGUUAUUCUGCGCGACCAGCAACACGUUGUAGACAUACUGAAUGGCAUCCAAAACCAAAAGAACGACUUAAAUCCCAAACCGCAUACCGAUCAGAAUAUUAACAACGAAAAUGUAAAGCUUCUUAAACUUAUGGAAUCCCUUGUUUCACAAAUUAAUUCGCAAUCUACCAACGCCGAAAAAACUACAACCAGAAAUGAAAAAUCUGAAAGUGGUAUUUCUCUGCCAAUCCAAAGAAGUGACAACUUCAGACACAUACUUACAACAAUAGGAACCACCACAACUGUCCGUCCUACAACGGUUGAAGUAAAAACCGAAGAACCAAGUAAAAAUUCAGCAGAAGAAGUUAAAGAACUGAUUGGAAAUCUGAGGAAUAUCGAAGAAAGACUUUCUCGACUGGUCCAACUGAAACAAAGAAUGGCCGAAUCGAAGGAAGAAGAGAGAGAAGCAGAAGAAAAUCGUCCAGCCCCAUCAUUGUACCCAUACCAAGACAGAUACCCUGGACCUUAUAAAAAUAUAGAAGUAAUCCCAUCACCGCCAAGGCCGAUGUAUCCUUCUCAAUAUCCACAUCGUCAAGAAUACGAAUCACCUCGUGACAUGCCGUACAGGCCGCCCUUUCUGGACUCUUUUCCAGAAAAACGACCAAUACCGUACGGAAGAAGUUCGUCGACAGACGAAGGACUCCAACAACGUCCUUUGGAAGGAAAUCCACAAGAACAACAACGAAAUCCAUUUGAAAAUCCUUCAAUACAAGUUGCCCCUCCGAGAAACGUUGAAGAUUUAAAAAUAAAAUUACGCAGUUUGGAAGCCAGAGUGGCUGAACUGGGUCAUGUUCAAGAUUCGAACGAGGAGCAACAGAGAUACGCGGAGAAUUUGCAGAGGUUAAUUUCGAACUUGAAACUGGAGAUUCAAGAAGCCACGAACCGUCAGAACCGGAACAGUAUACAGCAAUCCUUAAACAUUGUCCGACGCAACAAACGGGAAAUUAGAGAUGACGAUGUCAACGUUGAAAGACAAGCGGGGGAACUAGUUGACAAACUUUACAACAUGUUGGAGGGCAGUAGAUUCGCUGACGAUGACGACAUUGACAAUGACGCUAUGUUACAACAAUUACCAAGGGCAUCGCUGGAAAGAUCCAUAGAGAUGGAACAAAGACAGCUCCAAUCACAAAUUGAACAGCUCAAGAAACAAAUCGACCCGUCACCCAUUGAUGAAGGAAAUAUCAGUAAAAUUCCUCUACAACCCUAUAGUGAUGAUGCAAACACCACCCCUUCCAACAGUGGCCAAGCAAGAGGUUCAACUGAUGACGAAGAAUCGGAUAAAGCAAGGACUUUGACUCACCACUCACUGACCACUGGACCAUCGCGAUACUAUCACGGAGGACAUUCUGACAAUUACGGUCCUGGAUAUGGAGUCCAAAAACAUUACGGUCACAAGAAGGCGGACAUUCUCGGCUCGAUAAUAGAAAAAAUAUUUGACAAACUACAACACGCCAUACCCGCAAUAAUAAAGGGGCUUGUGGGUGAUUUUGUUGAUGGUGCCUUCUAUGACCAAGGAUACGCAGGUUCUGGUUAUGGUUAUGGUUCUGGUUAUGGAUAUGGAGCCGAUAAAUAUGACUAUGGACACGACAUUAGUUACAAAUUCAAAAGUUUCGGACUUUUAGGCACACUGCCUUUGGCGCUUUUGAACAUUUUGUCGACCAUCAGCUACUUCUUCAAACUUUUGCAAAGGAACAAGUUUAUCAGAAACUUCUUGAUUCCUGUUGCAGUUAUAAUUGCAGUAACGGGAUUGGUGGCAUUUUUGGUAUUUUGGUUUAAUUACGACGCGUUUGCUGGUAAUAUGUUUGGCGGCUACAAUGGUUAUCAGAAAAUUGGCAGUUAUGACGAUUACCACAAGGGUGGAUAUGGCAGUUAUCAAAAAGUAGGAUAUGGAGACCACCAAAAAGGUGGUGGUUACGAUAGUUAUCCAAAACCCGGAUAUAAAGGUGUAAGUUACACUCCUGGCUACAGUUACAAGAAACCUUACUACAGAGACAGCAACGCGGAAUCUUUCACGCCACCAUUUACCCAUAAUUUGGACAAAUCUGUAUUAAACAACGAACCUAGUUUUCCAGGAAUUGUAACGCAAAUAAAUGAUCAUACGAAACCAAAAAUACCGACGGAAAAAGAGAGGAAGCCUCCGGAAGAAAACUGGAUCGAGGGGAUUAAUAACGCGAUGGGAAUGAUAGGAUUAGAAGAAGAACAAUAUACCAACAACAAUGGAGUUGUCANAAGAAGUUCGUCGACAGACGAAGGACUCCAACAACGUCCUUUGGAAGGAAAUCCACAAGAACAACAACGAAAUCCAUUUGAAAAUCCUUCAAUACAAGUUGCCCCUCCGAGAAACGUUGAAGAUUUAAAAAUAAAAUUACGCAGUUUGGAAGCCAGAGUGGCUGAACUGGGUCAUGUUCAAGAUUCGAACGAGGAGCAACAGAGAUACGCGGAGAAUUUGCAGAGGUUAAUUUCGAACUUGAAACUGGAGAUUCAAGAAGCCACGAACCGUCAGAACCGGAACAGUAUACAGCAAUCCUUAAACAUUGUCCGACGCAACAAACGGGAAAUUAGAGAUGACGAUGUCAACGUUGAAAGACAAGCGGGGGAACUAGUUGACAAACUUUACAACAUGUUGGAGGGCAGUAGAUUCGCUGACGAUGACGACAUUGACAAUGACGCUAUGUUACAACAAUUACCAAGGGCAUCGCUGGAAAGAUCCAUAGAGAUGGAACAAAGACAGCUCCAAUCACAAAUUGAACAGCUCAAGAAACAAAUCGACCCGUCACCCAUUGAUGAAGGAAAUAUCAGUAAAAUUCCUCUACAACCCUAUAGUGAUGAUGCAAACACCACCCCUUCCAACAGUGGCCAAGCAAGAGGUUCAACUGAUGACGAAGAAUCGGAUAAAGCAAGGACUUUGACUCACCACUCACUGACCACUGGACCAUCGCGAUACUAUCACGGAGGACAUUCUGACAAUUACGGUCCUGGAUAUGGAGUCCAAAAACAUUACGGUCACAAGAAGGCGGACAUUCUCGGCUCGAUAAUAGAAAAAAUAUUUGACAAACUACAACACGCCAUACCCGCAAUAAUAAAGGGGCUUGUGGGUGAUUUUGUUGAUGGUGCCUUCUAUGACCAAGGAUACGCAGGUUCUGGUUAUGGUUAUGGUUCUGGUUAUGGAUAUGGAGCCGAUAAAUAUGACUAUGGACACGACAUUAGUUACAAAUUCAAAAGUUUCGGACUUUUAGGCACACUGCCUUUGGCGCUUUUGAACAUUUUGUCGACCAUCAGCUACUUCUUCAAACUUUUGCAAAGGAACAAGUUUAUCAGAAACUUCUUGAUUCCUGUUGCAGUUAUAAUUGCAGUAACGGGAUUGGUGGCAUUUUUGGUAUUUUGGUUUAAUUACGACGCGUUUGCUGGUAAUAUGUUUGGCGGCUACAAUGGUUAUCAGAAAAUUGGCAGUUAUGACGAUUACCACAAGGGUGGAUAUGGCAGUUAUCAAAAAGUAGGAUAUGGAGACCACCAAAAAGGUGGUGGUUACGAUAGUUAUCCAAAACCCGGAUAUAAAGGUGUAAGUUACACUCCUGGCUACAGUUACAAGAAACCUUACUACAGAGACAGCAACGCGGAAUCUUUCACGCCACCAUUUACCCAUAAUUUGGACAAAUCUGUAUUAAACAACGAACCUAGUUUUCCAGGAAUUGUAACGCAAAUAAAUGAUCAUACGAAACCAAAAAUGUAA